AUGGUCGUAUUGUUCAAUUGUCUGGCUGGUAACAUUGUUGAUCUCGUUGGUAUAGAUCAAUAUUUUCGCAAAUCUGAUACCAUUACUACUUCAGAGACUGCUUAUAAUUUUUAUUCAAUGAAUGAUAUUGAUGAAAAAAUUACGCGUAAUGAUUUCAAGGCACAUGCAUGUCUUUUAGAUAAAGAGCAUGGUUGUGACUCUCCUAUUCCAGAAUUGUUGGAACAUGUUUUCCUUAUAGAAAAUCAAUGUCCUAAAAGUUAUAUAUAUAGUCAUCAUGGUCACGUCGAAAAAUAUCGUUCUG